AUGCGCUCUGGUGGUACUCUCUCAAGUCUUCCGCCUGCUGCUUCAACGCAGCACUUUGACGCUUCACGGUUCUUCUGGUGGCUUUUCCCCAGCCAAAAGUCUGCGCCUCAUCGUCAAGUUUGCUCAACGUCUCGGCUUCUUCGGUUUCCGCCUUCUCCUUUUCCAAUGCCUUUUCCCUCUUGUCCUCGUCGAUCUUGCGCUGGAUCUCUUUUUGUUUGGCGUAGUUGGAGUAGUAUGAUCUCAAGAAAACAUACAAGCACACAAUUAUCGUCAAGCGAAGAUACUUGUGCAACGUGUCCUUGUCGACAUAGUUGUAGACAAACGCAAAUGGAGCUUGGGAAGUUUCCGAUCCGUCCAUUUUCAGCUUUUCUGGUGGCGGUGGCAGAAAUUUCCAACAUAAACUUGCCCGCGCCUGCCGUAGAUGUUGCGGCUGUACACAGGUCCGACCCAAAGGCCCCAAAUCAAAGGUCCAAAUCACAAUUCUUCUUCGUCGCUGGCAAAAGGAUCAAGUUCGGGGAAAUCGCCCACUUCGACCUGUUUGGGCCGAACAAACGACCCGUGGUUGGGCUUGGCGUCGAAAAUCCGAAGUGUGCCUAUGGUGCCAUUAUUCUUCCCCACAGGUUCAUCAAACUCGACUCCGGUCCAUACACUUUCGCCCUUGUCCAAUUCGGGAAUGCGCCCGACAAACUUCACCACACCUCUUCUCUCGCCCUCGAUGUUGAUCACGCGGCACCGCUGGCCCACCUGGAUGUUCUGGGCCUUUUGCUCGUUUUCUUCUUGCGCUCUUUUCUUGCUGUCGUUAUAGGCCGGGUCGAAACGGCCCAACUGCUGCUGUUUCUUCCAUUGCAAGACCGAGUCGGCCCGUUUGUUGUACUCCUCCUCUGA